UCUCUGUGUAGACAUCACCCUCCUCCUCCUUCUCUCUCUAUCUUUUUAAGUUCCUUUUUUUUCAGUGACAAGUGCAUACUGACACAAGAUCACUUCUCUAAGCAGCCAUGCAGGCCAUAAAGUGCGUUGUGGUGGGAGACGGAGCUGUGGGAAAAACAUGUCUGCUCAUCAGUUACACAACCAACGCCUUCCCUGGAGAAUAUAUCCCGACCGUGUUCGAUAACUACUCAGCUAAUGUCAUGGUGGACAGUAAACCAGUGAAUCUGGGAUUAUGGGACACAGCAGGACAGGAGGACUACGAUCGCCUGAGACCACUUUCAUACCCACAGACGGAUGUUUUUCUCAUAUGUUUUUCAUUGGUGAGUCCAGCAUCCUAUGAAAAUGUGCGGGCAAAGUGGUUUCCAGAAGUCAGACACCAUUGCCCAAGUACCCCGAUAAUCCUCGUUGGAACCAAGCUUGAUCUACGUGACGACAAAGAAACUAUUGAGAAGCUUAAAGAAAAGAAGCUGGCCCCAAUUUCUUACCCACAGGGCUUGGCCCUAGCCAAGGAAAUUGAGUCUGUGAAGUAUCUGGAGUGCUCAGCUCUUACGCAGCGUGGUCUAAAGACAGUGUUUGAUGAGGCUAUUCGAGCAGUGCUAUGUCCACCGCCCUCCAGACCUAAGAAACACGGAUGCAACUUGCUGUGAAGGAUUGCAGAAGAGGAUUCCCCAGCUUGUCUCAGAAGACAAUGACGUAGCCUUUAUGCCGAACACUUGCUUGUCCCUUCUAUUGCCUAUGUCCCCCACCUUCCAGACCAAACACCGGUGUACUUCUAGCUUGGUUCAUUAUGAACUGUUCUUCUUUCACGGUUUUUCUACUUGAAUUUUUCCUUCUGUACGUUUGGGAUGGAAAUAAUUAGGUCUUACUGGGUUGGCUUUAUAUCUACCUGUACAUGUGAUGCUUCAGAUGAAUGACUUUUAAGAAGAAGGCAUGUCUUGUAAUAAAGUCUGCUUACACGA